UUAGAAUACUAUAUCAUGUACCAACUGCUCUGCUGCUGGCUGGUUGUUAUAGUGAUAAACUGAGGCCUUGCCUCUUGGCUUCUUCUCGAAAGAAAAACCUUUAAUUUUUCAAGGGAAUGAAAUGAAGAGAAGGGGAAAAAGGUGAGGGAGAGAAAGAAUUACAUGAGAAAACAUUAUCUGGCUGAGAAGAGAAUAGCAGAAAGGGCAUCAUCGCAAGAAGCAUUCACUGGCCAUGCCAGUACUUGCAACAAAUGCUGAGUCAGAAACAGGUAUCCCAAAAUCCUUUUCUAAUGAGCUUCCUUCAGAAAUCAUGGAGGAGAUAGAGCACACAUGUCCUCAGCCUCAACUGACUUUGACGGCACCGGCUCCAUUUGCAGGUGAAACAAGCUGUCAGUGCAAAGCUCCUCAUGAGAAGUUAACCAUUGCUCAGGCCCAUCUUGGAACACCAGUGGACAGACCUGUCAGAGUCUAUGCAGAUGGAAUAUUUGAUCUCUUCCAUUCUGGUCAUGCAAGAGCUCUCAUGCAAGCCAAAACUCUGUUUCCUAAUAGCUACUUAUUAGUAGGAGUUUGCAGUGAUGAUCUAACACAUAAGUUUAAAGGUUUCACUGUAAUGAAUGAAGAAGAACGUUAUGAGGCCCUCAGACACUGCCGCUAUGUAGAUGAAGUAAUCAGAGAUGCUCCAUGGACACUCACAGCAGAGUUUUUGGAAAAGCAUAAGAUUGAUUUUGUAGCCCAUGAUGAUAUUCCAUAUUCUUCUGCUGGUUCAGACGAUGUUUACAAGCAUAUAAAGGAGGCAGGUAUGUUUGUACCAACUCAGAGAACUGAAGGCAUCUCAACUUCAGAUAUUAUCACUAGAAUUGUACGUGAUUAUGAUGUCUAUGCCCGUCGCAACUUACAAAGAGGAUAUACUGCUAAAGAGCUGAAUGUCAGCUUUAUAAAUGAGAAGAAAUAUCGUUUUCAAAAUCAAGUAGACAAGAUGAAAGAAAAAGUGAAGAAUGUGGAAGAAAGAUCUAAAGAAUUUGUGAAUAGAGUUGAAGAAAAAAGCCAUGAUCUCAUUCAGAAAUGGGAAGAAAAGUCUAGGGAGUUUAUUGGCAACUUCUUAGAACUAUUUGGACCAGAUGGAGCUUGGAAGCAGAUGUUUCAAGAGAGGAGUGGGCGCAUGCUUCAAGCCUUAUCUCCAAGGCAAAGUCCCACAAGCAGUCCAACACGGGGACGUUCCCCAUCACGUUCCCCAUCUCCUCCUUCCCCUUGGCUCUUCAGAAAGGCUUCACCACCUUCCUCCCCAAAGGUUGCCUCAGCAUCCAUUAGCAGCAUGAGUGAAGGUGAUGAGGAUGAGAAGUAAAAAAGGGAAAAUUUGUAGUAAAAGAAAGAAGAAAUAUGCCAAUGGCUCACCAUACAGUUCAAACUAGAAGAAAGAAAAUGAUGCAUGAGAUGUUUCUGAAAAAGAAAGUUAUUGAUAUUAUUGGAACACUGAAGAUCUCAACUAUAAAGUAGUACUUGUCAAAGGACAGCCUGUCAAAAAAGUCACAUAUGAUGACAGAAUAUGUAACAACUUGCCAUUAUUUCCCAACAGUUAUGAAUACUUUUUAUGCUAUUGCAGCUUUUGCUGCUUUAAGCUAUUGCACUGUUGUGAGGAUUGUUUGUUGAAAGGUUAAUUUGGCAAAUGAUGUUAAGAAGGAUUCUUUUUGGUUAGAGAAGGCACAUUUAAAUUUGAAUAACUCUGCACUCUACUAAAAAGUUGGAUCUCACAAGAAUAAAAUGAAGUACUGCCUAGAAACAGCAGAAGCUCCUACAGUGCCAGGAAACACUCAGAUAAAAUCAUGCCAUUAGAAUUAAUCUCUGUCUUUCACAGUGGACACAAUAUAGUUCUACUGAAUUUAAUUAAUAUUGCUUAUUGAGCAGGCUUUUGUACACACCAGAGAAAGUUAUUUAAUGGGAAAAAUUGGUGGGUUCAGUUUUAUUACUAUCUGUCCUCCAAAGCUAUUUUUUUUCUUUUGCAAUUAUUAUUCAGCAUGAUUUUAUAUCUGGUGAAUUUGAUAAAUUAACUCACAGAGCAUGGUUCAAUUUAUUCAUUAAUGUUUAUUUCACACACUAUAUAUCAUUUAAAACAAUUUUUCCAUAUAACAUAUUAUUACAGGGGAAGAACCCAAGUGGAUAAUGCAUACCAUUUAUUAUUUCAGAUAAUAAACCUGGAAGAAAUCAAGG